AUCCUUCGUGUGACAAGCAGAGUUUAGAAUUCAUUGCCCAUGCGCUCAAGGUGAUCAAUUCCGGUGCCAUGUAGGGCAUCACUGUGCGAGGGGACGCUUUAUYGAGAAAUAUAAGGCGGUUCAGGUUACAAUAAAUGCGCUGAUUUCUUUGUGAUCACGAUUCAAAGGCUACACAUGCGUAUGACAAAAAAGAGAUCAUUAUGUUAUCUAGUUCUACUUGUGGUUGGAUCGCUAGCUGUUUUGUUGUUGAGAAACCAAGAGAGCAGUGGUUUACAAGCACAUUCCAAAAAGGUAGAGGCCCUCACAAAACACCCUGGUCUCAUGAGAGAACUAAAGCGCUUCUCGCAGUCACUUGCAGARGGGAGGAAAUURCAUCGAACUGAAAUAUGCAGUCGUAGUUGGCAAGACAAAUACAUCAAACUUCAUAAAUCUAUCCUCCGAUCAAAACAAUCACCAAAUUAUUUGGUUUUCAACUGUGGUGGCAUCAACCAUGGCUGCGGUGGCUAUGGCAACAGAAUUGGAGCAAUAUCCACUAUUUUCCUAUUGGCAGUUCUUACUAAUAAAGCUUUUCUUAUCAAUUGGAAGAGUAACAUUUCAAUUUUGGACUAUUUGCAGCCAAAGAACAUUGACUGGGACUUCAGUAAGGCUAAACUGAAAGGUUUGACUAAAGGACGGCAUUUGUGGGGAAAAGGAUUUGAAAGAAAACUUUCUGAUGACACUUUGCUCUUCAAAGGAAACACAAAAGGAGAAUUUCUCUCCUGGUUCAAAAGAACUAAUUUUGUAAAGUUUUUCACACAUCAAGUAGAAUUGGUUACUAGUCAAUGGUAUUUCAUCUCAGGAAUAUGGAAGAAUAACUUCCUUUGGAAAAAGUCUAGAAGAAUUGCRCUAAAGCUUCGUGGUCAUAAGUAUUCUUUCAUUGGCUGCGCAUAUGAUUUCUUAUUCAAAAGAACACCAAGAUUUGAAAAACUCUUGCAGGAUGCAAGACACAGUUUAAAAUGGGAAAACAGUGUCCCUCGUAUUGGAAUUCACUUCAGAGCAGGAGAUUUUUCCUUUAAAGAUAUAAAAUCUGAUUCUUCUGUAUUUGUACGGCUAGAGAAAUACUUUGACUGUGCAAAGAGACUAGAAAAAAUCCUCAACAACUUCUCUCCUUCAUUAGAUAUAUCUUCGAUGAGGUGGUUUCUCGCAACCGAUAACAUUGAAGUGAAGCAAUAUGCUCAGAAGAAGUACCCCAAAAAAGUGAUAUCAUUGGGAAUUCAAGUUGAACAUAUUUCCAGCAUUAAAGAGCCKUCAAGAGCUGGGCUGGAAGGAGUGUUACUAGACAAUGUUUUGCUGUCUGAAUGUGACAUUUUAGUUCUGUCAAACAGUACGUUUAGUAAUGUMGCCCUUGGGAUGGGAUUUCAUUCUUCUAUAUUGAAUAAUGUGGGUGACCAUUGUCGCUACUGAUUCACAAGAAUAUCGACACAAGAAAUUAUCUUUGCCACUUAAAGUAUAGAUCUAGCCUUGCACAACUGAUUUAUUUUCACUUAUCCACCCAGCUCUCACUUUGUAAAAAACAAGAUUGUCAUAGUCAACUCCCAGACUAUAAUUUUGGUUURUCAUUUCAUAUGUGUGCAUUUGUCUUGAAAUUGUGUUAAUUUAUUGAGAAUCUAUAAAUAAAACAAAUAAUAGAGGAA